CUGGCCCUGGAGUCUGGACCCUGGCCAGGCAGGGGCUGGGCUUCCCCAGCUGUCACUGUCCGUGGCCCAAGGCCCUCCCUCCGUCCCUCUGCUUGGAUCCAGUAGCACCUUUGGCCUCCCAGGAAAAAGCACCUCCUGAGUGUCCGUCUGUCUGGAAGAGGCCUGGGAAGAGGCAAAGAUCAGAUCUCCUCUCCCAGCCCCCUACCCACCCACCUUCCCUUACAGCUUCUCCUCCAUCUGCUGACCCUAACCACGUCUCCAUGGAUCUGAAACAUGUCCCCGACCCACGAGAGCAGGGCUGGUAUUUGGGGCUGAUGGCCCCCAACGUCAAAGGCCCCAGCUUCGCCUGGCUGGACCCCUCCCGCCUCUACUGCCAUCCCCAGGCCUUGCAGGACUGCGUGGAAGAUCUCCUGCAAACCUUUUCGGGUGACCCCAUCGACCUGGUUGCCGGCAUUGACGCAAUGGGCUUCAUCCUAGGCGCUGCCAUCGCCCACACUCUCCAGAAGGGCUUUUUGGCCAUACGCAAAGCCGGGCACCUGUGCGUGAAAACCCUCUCGAAGCCUUACAAGGACUACCAGGCUCGCGAAAAGGUGAUGGAGAUGCGGGCUGAUGCCAUCUCGCCAGGCCUUCGCGUCUUGCUGGUGGACCAGUGGGUCGAGACCGGGGGGACGAUGCGGAGCGCCAUCCGCCUGGUGGAGGAACAAGGCGGCCUAGUGGCAGGCAUUGCCGCCAUCUGUGUGGAGGACAGCGAGGGCGGGCUCUGGCUGAAAGACCACUACAAGUGGGCGCAUUGUGUGCCCCCCAAACUGAUGCCCCAGUUCAACGCUCACCAGCUGGACUCCUUCCAGGCCUUCAACCCCAACCAAGGACCGCAGUAGGGAGGAAGGUGCACAGGAAUAUGCAUGGCCCCCAAGGCGUCCCGCAGAGGCCCGUGGCGUCCCAAUAGUGGCAAACUCCGCCUGCUUCCCGGGCCAUUAACCUCCCGGAUCUUGCAAGCUCGUAACUCCAUACCAGUUUGGGAAUCUUGCCUGCGUACCUUCCAGCUUAUCUGGCACGCCAUCAGAAAAAAUGUUCCUUCUCCGUGUUCUUCUGCCCCGGUGUAGUUAAUAAACCACCCGCUGAAUCGGUGAAACUUAGAAUCCGAGUUUGGAGGGACCCCGAGGGUCAUCCAUCCCAACCCACUGUAAUCGCGGCUAAACUUUGAUAGCGUAGAUGUACAAAGUGCUCCACGUUGCAUUAAAAAAACAAACACUGA